GCUCUUAUCUGUUACAGUGAAAUUCCCGUAGAACCAAACAUUGAAGUCCAGUCUUUAGACAGGAACCAAGAAAUACGUUCGAAGCCACCAAAGUUACUCAUCACCGCAUCUCCUGAGUCUACCAGUAACUCAGCAGAUCAAGUUAGAAGGGUCAGGAACCCAGUCCAGUUCCACAAUUAUAUCCAACAUGUUGACAGUGACCCGGCUGUGUGUGCUGCCAUCAGUCGUUAUAAAUAUUACAAAUACCUGGAGAAGAUCAAUGCUAACCAAUCAGAUGAACCAACCAGUCCAUUGAUCUUUACAAUGCCGGAUCAUGUCGUGCCCCCGCAGUUCAUCACAAUCGUCUCCAUCUCGAACAAGAUUGAAUCCAAACAAGGAAGCCUAGUCACCAUAUUCUCCCUGUGGAACACUAUGAUGGGGACCUCCAUACUCAGCAUUCCAUGGGCCCUUAAAAUGGCUGGUUUUGCCAAUGGUGUUGCCCUCCUGAUCCUCAUGGCUGCCCUCAUGUGUUACUCUGCUUACCGGAUCAUCAGCAUUACACACGGCAUGGAAGCAAAAUUAUCUUUGUCAGAAGGUUUACCUUUGGCUAACUAUGGAUACCUGGACUUCUCUGACGUCUGCCAACACUACCUGGGGAAGUUCGGCCUCUACACUGCUAUCACCUGUUCCCUGAUGUCCCUUGUCGGAGGCAUGAUCGUCUAUUGGAUAUUGAUGAGUAAUUUUCUAUACAACACCGUGUCUUUUUUUGCAAAAACUUCAACAGGCAACGAUUCAGUCCUCUGCCCCACCAGCGACAACACCAACACCAGCAACAUCACCGACCAGCUGUCCGUCAACUUCGAAAGUCUAUAUACACUCGCUAACCCAGACAUCAAUGUCAGACUCUACAACAAAGUAUGGGACCUCACCUCAACGGUUCCGGUCUUCUUGCUUCUUCUUCUCUUUCCUCUGCUCAACUUCAAGUCGCCGACCUUCUUUACCAAAUUCAAUUCCUUAGCUACCAUCUCUGUGACAUACUUAAUGAUAUUCACAGUGGUGAAGGCCACCAAGUGGGGUGUCAAUAUUGAAUUUAAGGACAAAUUUUCUGAACAUUACUCACCAAAUAUCUCCUCAAACCUUGCGGCCCUCACGGGUAUUGCAGCUCUCGCAUAUUUCAUUCACAACUGUGUCCUCUCCAUCUUGAGAUCUCACAAGAAACCAGAAAAUGGGGUACGAGAUCUCACCAUCGCAUUCUUCCUCGUCUGUUUCACGUACAUCUUUAUCGGAGUUGGACUCUACAUUUCAUUUCCACUUCAAAAAUCCUGCAUCCAAGAUAAUAUACUAAACAAUCUUCCGUUAGACGAUAGCCUGGCAUUUGCAGCCCGAGCCUGUAUGUUGCUCCAGAUGGUCGCAGUCUUCCCGUUGCUAAUCUAUGUGUUUCGAGUUCAGUUCUUCCAUGUGGUCUCUGGAAAUAUUUACCCUGGGGUACUCAAAGUGGUCCUUAUGAAUCUACUCAUGUGUGCAAUCAGCAUCCUGUUUGCGUGUUUCCUGCCUAAAAUUGGGAAAGUCAUCGGGUUUGUCGGAGCCUUCUGCGGUUUCUCCUACGCCCUUGGCUUGCCUUUCCUCAUCCAUCUUAUUUCCCUUUAUGAGAAACAUCAACUUACCUGGCACUCGUUCUUCAUCCACACGUUCUUCAUUUUGCUCGGAUUUGCAAAUUUCAUUGCACAGUUUUUUAUCUCCGGACACUGAAGAGGGCAACAAAGAGCAACAACCUCGCCUUCUCUUCUUUCUACCUUCUUUGAGUAUAGUGCGUGCGUGCGUGUGUGUGUACAUAUAUAUAAGAUAAAUAUGUGUAUUCAUAUAUAUAUG